AUGAGAGCCUUGACAAUCAUUCCAAUCUUCUUCCUCUUGGGAACCAACUUGUUGCUUAUCCUCACGGUUAUCAACGGAGGAGGAACAUCCUCGGUCUUGGGCAAGUUUUACUGGUCGCAAACCGACACUUCAGGCAUCCCGGGAGCAACUCACGACACCACAAGAUGGACUUUCUACAGAACAUGCGGCGUUGAGAACGGCCGUAAUGCCAACUGCGACAAGUCGGCUGCUGCAUUCCCCUACUCGCCAAAGGACAACUUCGGUAGCGAAGAGGGCCUUCCUGAGUCGUUUAUCAAGGACAGAGACACCUACUACUACUUGUCGCGUAUCGGCUGGGCGUUUAUCUUGGUUGGUUUCUUCUUUGCCGCCGUGGCCUUGCUUGCCGUGCCUUUGAACUUUUGCUUUGCCAUCGCCGGCACCUUGGCCUCCAUCGUCACGGCGCUCUCGUUGCUUUUUGUCAUCACCGCCGCGUGCUUGAUCACUGCUGCCCACGUCAAGGGCAGAAACGCGUUCAACAAGGCCGGCCACCUGUCCAAGUUGGGCGCCGCGGCUUUUGGUAUCUUGUGGGCCGCCGUGGCCUGCUUGAUCAUCACGCUUGCCACCUCGAUCGCCGCCAGCGUGGGCACAUACACGGGCAACAAGAAGAGAUCGGGUUUGGGCGGAUUCGGCCGCCGUGGCGGUGACACGGAGCAGAAUGCCUACUCCAAGGAGAGCUCCGGUGACUAUGCCCAGGGCCAGUACGAUGAGCCCGCCAACAGAGGCGUGGUUGCUGGUGAAGGCGAGCCUAUCUCCGACGCUUCCAAAUUUAGAUUCUUCAGAGUCAAGAGAGCCAAGCCGGAAGAAAUCUAA